AUGAGUAUAACAAGCUGGAAUUGCCGCGGAAUCGGGCACAAGCGUGCAAUUCCGAUAUUAUGGGACCUCACCCGCUCAUACAAGCCCGAUAUACUCUUUUUGAGUGAAACCAUGGUCAACUCCAAUAGAAUCAAAGAUUUGUGCCACAUCCUGAACUUCAACCACUGGUAUGUUGUGGAUAGGUCUGGUCGUGGAGGUGGGCUUGCUCUCCUAUGGAAAGAUACCUUCGACAUUACUAUCACCCAAGCCAAUCCUAAUUACAUCAACGUAAAUGUCAAAGAUCGUAACAACAUUCACUGGAGGCUCACAGGCUUUUAUGGCUAUCCCGAGAGACGUAAGAGGAAAGACUCUUGGGACCUGCUUAGACAUCUCGCCUCUCUCUCAAACCUCCCUUGGUGUAUCAUUGGAGACUUUAACGACUUACUGUCAUCCAAUGACAAAAAAGGUACGAACCCUCAUCCCUACUACCUGAUCCAGGGUUUUCGUCAAGCCACAAUGGAUUGUGGCUUAGAAGACCUUCCCCUUAUUGGUCAUCCAUUUACAUGGAUCAAAGGAAACCUCCCAAAUAACUUGGUUGAAGAGCGGCUGGACAGAGCGCUUGCUACUAAAGAUUGGCACCAUUUAUUUGCAAACUUCCUCCUAUCAAACGGUGUUGCUGGUAAAUCCGACCAUUCUCCUAUCACUCUCAAACUUCAAGCUAAUCUCUCUAACCCUCUGCAUAAGUACUUUCGCUUUGAGAACAUUUGGCUGGAAGACCCAGAUAUCGAGCGUGCUGUUAAAUACGGCUGGGGCUACCACAACAAAGAAGGUGUUGAGAACAAGAUCAACUCCUGUAAGAAAUACCUUCGUAUCUGGAGUAGACGGAAGCAUGUUAACUUGUGUAAAUCCAUUGACAUCCUUAAACUUGAGAUGGAAAAAUGCAGGAAUGCCCAAGGUACCACUGAGUGGGGCCUGUACUUUCAACUACAACACCAACUUAGCCACUAG